CUUUCUAGCAUCAGCAGCCGAGCAUAAACAACAAAAUUAAAUACCUUUUAGAGUAUUCACUGUUCAUGAGUUCUGGGUUUGGUUUUGUUAUGCUCAACAAUUUAUUGAUAUCAUCACCUCACGAAAAAGUAGAAAUUUUACUCCACACCAAAGCAAACUUAUUAUUUCUCUUUGAUUAACUCAAUAUGGAUUUCUUCUUCCACUAGCAAACCCAUUUUCUUCUUCUUCUCUAUAAUCUCAUCGUUACUUUCCAGAUUCUGUAUCAAGGAGACAGGUCAAAAUCGAGGUUCUUUUAAAGAAAAGUUUCAUUUCAUAUCUCCAUCAUAUUUCCUCUGUUCUUCAGAGGAUUUUUGUCGAGUGGUUGUGAUGCGUUAUAAUUGUUUCGGACUUCUUGCUAUGUGCAAAGGAAGUGAUCGUCUUGGACAAAGAGAAGCUGAAGAGAUCUGUACCAACAAUGUGAGGGUCUUUUCAUAUAACUCAUUAAGAUCUGCCACUGAUGGUUUCCAUCCAACGAAGAGAAUCGGAGGUGGUGGCUAUGGAGUUGUCUUUAAGGGAGUUUUAAGAGAUGGCACACAAGUAGCUGUGAAGUCCCUUUCAGCAGAAUCUAAACAAGGGACACGCGAGUUCUUGACCGAGAUUAACUUGAUAUCAAACAUUCAUCAUCCUAACCUUGUUAACCUCAUUGGCUGCUGCAUCGAAGGGAACAAUCGGAUUCUUGUAUAUGAGUACCUUGAGAACAACAGUCUUGCUAGUGUUUUGCUUGGUUCAAGGAGUAGAUAUGUACCGCUUGAUUGGUCCAAAAGAGCUGCGAUUUGCGUUGGGACAGCUUCGGGUUUAGCUUUCCUUCACGAGGAAGUUGAACCUCAUGUUGUUCACCGUGACAUUAAGGCGAGUAAUAUCUUACUAGACCGAAACUUUUCCCCCAAAAUUGGAGAUUUCGGGUUGGCUAAGCUUUUUCCAGACAAUGUCACACAUGUCAGUACCCGAGUCGCUGGAACAGUGGGAUACUUGGCUCCAGAAUAUGCACUUCUUGGUCAAUUGACAAAAAAAGCGGACGUUUACAGCUUCGGAAUACUCGUGCUUGAGGUCAUAAGUGGUAAUAGUAGCACCAGAGCCGCCUUUGGAGACGAUUACAUGGUUCUUGUUGAAUGGGUGUGGAAGCUGAGAGAAGAAAAGAGGCUACUAGAGUGUGUAGAUCCGGAUCUAACCAAGUUCCCCGAAGACGAAGUGACCCGUUUCAUCAAGGUGGCUCUUUUCUGCACUCAAGCUGCGGCGCAAAAGAGACCAAACAUGAAGCAAGUGGUGGAGAUGCUUUGCAGGAAAGAGCUUAACCUCAACGAGGAUGCCCUAACGGAACCUGGUGUCUACAGAGGUGUCAACAAGGGACGCAACCACCGUGGCAUCGGUCUUAGAGGCGGCCAAGGAGGCAGCUCACAGGAGAGCUCGUCAACGCAACGUUACAAAGGGCAAAGCUCUGCCGUUCCACAAGGGUCAACUUCCACGUCUAAUAUUUCCUUUCAGAGCAUCACAGAGUUGGAUCCUAGAUGAUUUUUUCUGUUAAUAGAGCACAAUUUUAUUCUUGAGUAUAUUAACUAGUUUAUGAUGUAUUAAUAUCUUAUAUAUAGGAUAUAUAUGAAUAAACCAAAGAUGCCUAUCUGAUCAAUUGUAAUGUAGUUGUCUGACAUUUCCCAAAGUGUCAGAAGCCAUCAGUUUAAAAUUAUGAUUGGCAUGAGUUGCAACA